AAAUUCAUUUUUUUUUCCAGUUAUGGUGCGGGGAGCGGCGAUAGGCUUGAUGGUGAUGGUGGUGGUGACAGGCGCCCUGGCCGAGGAACAGGACACCGCAGACAGGGAGCGACGGGCCCCCUCAGGAUUCCUGGGGAUGCGAGGCAAGAAGGAUGUGUCCACCCCCCUCGAGAACAUCGUCCCCGCCGUCAACGACUACACGCUGCAGGACUCCUUCCCCGCCUCCCUCUACGGCCUCAGGGACGACAAUGGCCCAGUGGUUCUUGCCGUUCCCUGGAGAGUCAAGAAGGCGCCAUCCGGGUUCCUGGGCAUGCGCGGCAAGAAGAGUGGCGAAGAGGCCUUUGGCGAAGCAGGGAUGGACAGCGAGCUGGAGACCCUCCUCAAGCGUGCUCCUUCAGGGUUCCUGGGCAUGCGUGGCAAGAAGGCUCCUUCAGGGUUCUUGGGGAUGAGAGGCAAGAAGGCUCCGUCGGGCUUCCUGGGGAUGAGAGGCAAGAAGCACUUUGACGAUGAGAGUGAAAUUGAUGCCUAUAUCCAGGCAUUGACAGCAAUGGUGGACGGGCAGCAAGAAAAGCGAGCUCCUUCCGGGUUCUUGGGGAUGCGGGGCAAAAAGGCGUUCUUCGGCGACAGCUCCGACGAGGAGAUGAGCGUGGCAGGAGUGGACAAGAGAGCACCCUCAGGCUUCCUGGGUAUGAGGGGCUGAGGUUUGAGAUGUUCUACGCUGAGCCUCUGCCUCAUCUCGAGAUGCACUGGGAGCAGCUGUGUAACCCACAACCACCUCUUCAGUGACCUUCCCAGCCGAGAAAGAAACCUUAGUGCAGGACUUGCCACCAGUUGUCGCCUACUGAGCACUCGUGGUAGCUCUCACAGAAUAAAUAUAGCUCGAUAAUUCUAAGAAAAGACUAUGCGAGUGUUUAGGCCUCUUGUGUAUCCACCGAAAAGUCCUCUGUUCAUCUUGGUGGAUUUAAAACAUCAGCAGUAGUGAAAGUUCUUUAUCCUGUAAGUCAUUUAACCUUCAACAGCCUUCCUUAGCACCUUAUUUGUACAGUUGAAUCCUCUCCUAAAUCGUACGUAGCAGCCACAACUUUUGCUUGGUGUGAUCCCUGUCCUCUGCCCAUUAGAAGUCCUCGAGGCUGGGGAACAUAAAGUGUGGAGGAUCUGAUCCCACAAGCACACACCUUAAACCUAUUCCUUGGCUGGUAAUCUCAUUGAACAAUAGUUUUUAUUUGUUAUAGGAUUAUAAUGUAAAUUAUAGAUAAUGUAAAUUUUGGCACGAAGUAAAGAUUUGGAAUCUAAUUGUAUUUAAUUUGGUUUCAAUGCCUCUAAUAAAGUAAUAUUUGCAUUGUAA